GGCCACAGCCUCCCAUCACAAUACACUGGCAGGAGAUUUUAGAACUCUCUCUGUUGCCUUUGACAACCUGUCUCUGUACAAUUAAGAAGGACAACAGAACAACAAACACGGAGAGCACUACAAAGCUAGGAAGCCUGGAUCAUAAGGAUCUAAAGAGGGAAACUGCACAUUCGCACUCGCAGUCCUACCAGUUGACUGUCAGAGGAUGUUUGCCCGUAAUCGUUCCCCACCUGGAUCCUCCGUACCCCGUCUGCCUGUUAUAGAGCAUCCAUUGUCCCGCCUAGGAGACCCAGAAACCUUGUCUCUCAGAGGGUUCUCCAGACCAGGAGAUGAACAGCAUGAAGAAGAACUAUUCCCUAGAAGGAACCUGCAGACAGCCUCUUCCUCCUACAGCGACAGGAGCCUGACCCCACUGAAGCAUCAUGUGCCACAAGGUGUGCCGGUCACCCUCUCCUCUGAGCCAAACAAGACCAGACUACCUAUAUUUGGUCAGAAGGCAGGCAUUGCUAGUCGAGCUGAGAGCAGAGCGAGUACCGCCAGCAGUAGGUCCAGCCUUGUGUCCCGACCUGGAACCCAGCUAAGACUUGAAGUGGAUGAGUUGGAGUAUGUAUUACGUGAGAAGAUGAAGUCUGGUGGCUAUUUCAGUCUCAGGAAACUGUUUAAAAACAAUGAUCCAGAGGACAAAGGACAAGUAAGCAGAGAUGUUCUGCUCAUGAUGUUAACAAAAUUCCUUGGAAGAAUUUUAAGCUCCAGACAAUAUCAGCAACUUCUUUUAAGAUUGAAGCUUAAUGAAAAGACUAUAAUAAAGUUUGAAGAGCUAUAUUCAGCAAUAAGAGAGCCAGCCCCAUCAGGAAGGCCUACAUGGCUGGAUCCCAUUAACAGGAAAACAGAUGAGAAAACUUCAAUGACAGCAUCCCAAGUUCACACACAGUUGAAAAUGAAGUACAAGUUUGCAGAACUUUCUGAGCUGAUAGCUGAGAAGAAAAUAGAUGGAACAGCAAGAUUCUUACCUCCGGAAUUCCGAGACUUAUUGACACAACUUGACUUCCACCUGGACGAUGCAGAGUUCAACAAACUUUUUAAAAGGUACGAUGUGGAUGGCACUGGUGUGAUUAAAGGGGACCAAAUGCUGAAAAGACUUGGGAAUGAAAUCCAAAAUCAGUCUUCUAGGCAUGUAACUACAAAAGAGUCGAUGAGAGAAAUGUCACAAGCAGAGCUGGAAAGGAAGGCCUCGCUCAACAUUGAGAGAUGGUUGAAGGAUAAAUUCAGAGAGGGGUUCCGGACCAUGAAGGGAGAAUUUGAGAAGUGUGACCCUCAUAGAAUUGGCAAGGUUGAAAAGGAGGAUUUCCUCACGGUUUUGGAGAAGUUCGACUUAAAACUUAAAGAGGAGCACUUUAGCCUUUUCCUGGCAAGAUGUGGCCUAGAGAACUCUCUGUCAGGCAUCAGUUAUAUGGACUUUCUUAGGAAUUUUCAAGACCGCAGUGAAAAAGGGAUCACGCACAAGAUACUCUCCGACCCGAAACACAGGUUUCAUCGGGAAGGUGCCAUUAGCCCUGGGUCUACUCUGACAACAGUGGAGGCCAGGCUGGCUAACCUCUUUCAGUCAGAUUUCUUGGCACUACUUGCAACAUUUGAAAAAAUUGAUAAAUACAGCAGAAAUGUAAUUAGUCAGCAGGAAUUUCGAGCUGCAAUAGAAAGCAGGUUUGGUGUAGAGAUUACUGAUGAAGACUUUGAGCUGCUACUUGACAGAGCCCCCCUUGACGAAGAUGGGAACGUCCGAUACCCUCACUUCAUGGCAAUGUUUGAUUCUCGGCGGGGCGUGCCAAGCUUAUUUGAUGAACAAUCUGUAGGAAUGUCUGCAGUGGAAGAAGAAAAGGAGCAUGGACGUGGACGAACACCAGAACAACUCUUCAAGAUUAUUAAGAGUCUCAUCCAUAAGAAUUAUGCAGCAGUAGAGAAAGCAUUUGAGGAUCUGGAUGAAAUUAAUUCAAGACGCCUUACACAGGAGACCAUGUACUUCCUCCUAAAAAGUUUUGAGAUCCAGCCUGGAGUUACUCGUGGAGAGAUCCGCAGACUUUGGAGCACCUUCAUCACCAACCAGGACAAAACAUUGGACUACCUGGAGUUUGUCAGACACUUUGGUUACUCACCAAAAUCUGCAUGUUAUCCCAAUGCAAAGAUAUGCCCCCCAAAGAAAGGCGAUGGAGAUUUUCACAUUCGAUCUAGGAAACUGAACUGUGACUCUGACAUUCUUAUAGACAAUGUCCGUGCAAAGGUGGAGUAUUUAUGGGAUGAACUGCGAAAAGAAUUUGAAGAUCUUGAUCCAUAUCACACCAGCUUUGUCAGCAAGGAAGAAUUUAAAGACCUUUUAACUGAACUCUGUAUACACUUGAAUGAAUAUGAACGUGAGAUGUUAGCAAAGAAAUUUGAAUCUAAUGGCGAUGGACGGGUAUGCUACAUUGAUUUCCUGCAACCGUUUGUGCCUCGUCGACAAGCUUUAAAAGCUAAAACCAACAUGGAGGCAGUUAUGCAGAGUUCACGGGAAGAAGAUGAUCCAUCUGAAUGCCGUCCUAAUAGUCUGGGCACACUGACAUCAAGGAUGCGUAAGAAGCUGCAAGGGGAAUGGAAGACACUACGCAGAGCCUUUAAGAAGCUGGACACAGACAACAGUGGCUACUUAUCUCUGCCUGAGUUUAGAUCAGUGCUGAAUCUCUGCAACUUUGUUCUUGAUGAAGAUGAGGUUUAUCACAUCAUGUCUAAAUACGACCAGAAUAUGGACGGCCGCAUCAACUACAAAUCAUUUUUAGAGCACCAAUGUAAGAAAGAUAACCGUUCUACUUCUAGCACACCUCUGUCAAACACGGUAUAAUGGUCAUUUGAUAAGCAUCCUUAUAAAAGACAACCAUAUACAGGUGGUCCCCGGGUUACAAACAAGAUAGGGUCUGUAAGUUUGUUCUUAAAGGGGUUGUAAAGGUUUGUUUU